AUGUCUGCUUAUAAUGUGUCGGCUCUUGCUACCCCUUAUGCGACAUCUGGCCCGCCUCUCGAUCCUCGAUGUGCUACUCCCCGACCCUCCGCAGUGCGCAACAACACAGCCCAAACGGGAGUGUAUAUAAGCCCUCACACGAACAUGCCCACACCUAGGCAGACAAGCGUGCCUCGGGUCAGCAAGGCUAUGAAGGGUAAACGGGUUCACGCAUGCCAGCGCCCUGGAUGUUCGAAGGUUUUUACCAGAGCUGAACAUCGCAGACGGCACGAGCUCAGCCAUGACCCGAAAAAGAAGUACCCUUGCACUUACGAAGGAUGCCACAAGGCGUUCCAUCGCCCCGAUUACUUGACCCAGCAUCUGGGCCGACAUGCAUCCUUAGUAUCAAAAGAGAAUAAAUCCGACGAGCACAGCGAUACGUCAUCCCAUCGACUACGCCUGCAGCAACAACAACAGCAACCGCAAUCGCCACCCCUCAAUCCACCUCCUAUUCCGCUUCAGUCGAAUACCACCGAUGUCUACCCCAGAGCAUGGGAAAGCAUGGAUUCCUCGAUAUCAUAUCCUGAGUCGUUCAGGGACCAGAGCCAGUGUUCUACAUCCGUUAGCGACUACCCAUCGCCUUAUUCCUAUACAAACGAGAUAUGCAGCUCGCCUGUCGCGAGUGACUCAUUCGCAAACCCUCAAUAUCCCACGUCCGGAAUGCCAGUAGAGACGGUAACUGCUGUGGAUGAAUACCUUCGCAGUAUCCUGAAACCCGAGGCAUUUUCUUCAAACCAGCAGCAGAUAGACCCGGCAAUUUGGGGCUCAGAUAUUGAGCUGGAUCCGGCGUUGACGAAUAUCGAGAUUUCAAAUCAGCUGCCACUGCCACUGUAUUCAUGGGCCCCCACACAGCUGUUACAAUACGGAGAUCCCUCAGCGAAUGUCGACUACAAGCCACACGGUACUAUCUGA